AUGUUUUCAAUUAGCCUUGAUGAUACUGUAAAAAGGUUUGCAGAGUUCUUAGAAUUGGAUGACAUCAUGAGUUUCCUUACGUUGGAUGAAUUAUGCGGCUCAAUUAGUAGGAUCAACUUUAAUAAUCAACUUGCUACAAAAUUUGUUUCAAAAGUAUUUGAUGAAUGCACUAAAAUUGAAAAAAAUAAGCUUCUUAGCUUAAUGAAAUUUUCUCCUGGUGACGAUGCCACUCAAAAUUUCAAAUUAUUCGAAUUAAUUCUAACCAGUUUAGAAAUUCCGAUAUUAAACACACUAUUUCAAUCGAUAAAAACACAGUUUAACACCAAAAAACAAGAACCUUCUCAACCGCCAUCUGUAAAAAGUGAAAAGAAGACGCCUUCAUCUGUUCGUUCAAAGGAACCCUUACAAUCAUCUGAUUAUGAAUUAUGUUUAUUGGUUGGUAUCGGCGAUGAAGCAGACCUUCGAAAAUAUAUAGAUUCACAUACUGAUAUUAAUUUUUAUUGUGAAACAGAUAAAAAAUUGACUCCAAUGAUGAUAGCAUGCAGAUUCGGACAUCUCAACAUUGUUAAAUUACUUUGCAGCUAUGGUGUUGAUAUAAAUAGACCUAAUUCGGAUGGAUAUAUCCCUCUUAUUUCAGUAAUUCAAGGCGAUAAUUUGGAAAUCAUCAAAUAUUUAUAUACUAUCAAUUUAAAAAUUCCAGAAAACAUAAAUGAAAAUAAAUUGGUAAACAUAGCUGCAAUUUAUAACUCUCUUAGAGUUAUGCAAUACUUUGUGGAUGAAUGGUAUAUGACAGUUGAUUAUGAAUGCUGUCUAUAUGCUGCUAGACAUUCCAAUGAAAUUAUGUUGAAUUAUUUAUGGAAUAAAUUUCCAGAAAUGCAGGAAACGAAGAAGGAAUGCUGUAUUGUAGCAGCUCAUUAUGGUAAUGUUAAAGCAAUUAACUUUUUUUACGAUUCAAAGUAUGUAGAUAUUAAUGCUACAGAUAGUAAAGGAAGGACAACAUUGAUGGAAGCUAUUAGAGCUAAUCAAAUAGAAACUGCAAAAUUAAUUAUUGAUAAAAAUUGUGAUGUCAAUAUAAAAUCAGUUAAAAACAAGGAUGCAUUGUUUUAUGCAGCAAGAAAUGGAGAUGUUAAUUUUCUUGAGUAUCUCAUAAUGAAAGGAGCAAUUAUUGAUGACAUUAAUAAGUUGAUAAAAGUGGCAGAAAAAGCUGAUAAAUCAAAAAUGGUAACAUUUUUUAAGUUGCAAAAUGAUUAUGCUAAGAAUUAUCAGUGA